AUGUCAGAGAUUAUUAUAAAAGUAUUUAUAAAAGACAACAAAUUAGAAAUAUGCACGGAUAAAGAGAAUGUUUUCAUGACACUGGAUAACAACGAUUCUUACAUUGAUUCGGCAGCGGGACGCGGGGCACGAGGGGAGGGCAGGGUGCGUCGCGCAGGCGUGUUCCAGUCGCCCGCGCGACCCCGCAGCCGCCGGCCGCGCGCUAUGGACGAGGUACGAGCGCGCGACCGCGCUCCGCUUACAGUCAUAGUCGCCCCCAGCAACGUUUCACCAUCCCGAUUAUCACCUGCCGACCUUUUACCCGAUGGAGACGCUGCCUUCCACCCCUUGUCCGCAGUCAACGGACGCCUCACCCCGCCUGGAUUGGAACCAGCGUCGUACGCAACACUUACCCCAUUGCUACCUUUGCCCCCGAUAAGUACAGUUUCGGAUAAGUUCGCGUACCAUGCGGGGGGGACCUUUACAGUCAUACAGCAGCAGCAAUCCUACGCAUCACUAUCUCCAGCAGCCUACAAUGAGCCUCUGUCGCCUCAAUCGGCGUACAGUAGGCGGAGUGCGUCACCUGGUUCCUUCGAGAGAAGGUCCCCGACGCCACCGCUGCCGAGUCCCGGGUUAGACUUGAACGCUGCGCUUCUGGCAAGAGAAGAACAGCAAGCGGCUCAACAAUCUCACCACGACUCAGAAGAAAUAAAUACUAAAGAAUUAGCCCAAAGAAUAAGUGGGGAGUUGAAGAGGUACUCGAUUCCCCAGGCGAUUUUUGCUCAGAGGGUGUUAUGUAGAUCACAGGGGACGCUGAGUGAUUUAUUAAGAAAUCCAAAACCAUGGUCGAAGCUCAAGUCUGGGAGGGAAACGUUCAGGCGUAUGUGGAAAUGGCUACAAGAGCCAGAGUUCCAGAGGAUGUCUGCGUUAAGACUGGCAGAUACGCCAAACCAACAUCAAACGAUAAAAGGCGACAAUGUAAACAACAUGCCUCAACAGCCUUACUGCCAGCCCAGGGACUACCAGAGUGCCCCGCCCGCGCCCCCCAGCUCUUCAAUGUACCCUGGGCCUACACCCUCCUGGGAUGCGCCCUAUGAACCAGCAGGGGAUGUUUCUUGCUUGUGA